AUGAACAUGCGACGAGAUUCAGAGGAAGGCCCCGGGAUACUCACCCGCGGCAACUGGAAAUCAUGGAAGAAUGAGAUCGAGAAAUACGCCCGGAAAGAAGGAGUCUGGAAGUACUGCAACCCCGACGCCCCAGGUGAAUACUAUCCCGAGCUCCACGAACCCGAGAAACCACACAUUUCCACAGUCCGACCCGAAGCAAAAUCCAUCGUUGACCUUGGAGAGGAUGACUUCAUCGAGCUAUCUUCGAUCGUGGACCAAUACUGGAAGCAGAUUCGCACAUACGAAAAUAUUCAAACAAAACUGCAGGUCAUCUUCGAACUUAUCGAAAAUCAUGUCGAUUACGAACACUUCAGUCUCAUUAAACAUGCAGAAACACCGCUGGAGCAGAUGGCUGUGCUAUCUGUCAAAUUCAAGCAAUCUCGCCUAGAAGAUCUGCAGCCAAGAUGGGAGCGUAUACAGGAACUGGCUAAUAAGCCGGAUGUGCAAGCCCUAUUUAAAGUAUGGAAUUCCUUGUUCACAGACUGCGAUGGGUAUCUUUCUGGUUCUGCUCGAAGGCGGGAUGUCUUCUGGGACUGUGUGGAGAGAGCGGGAGAUAUCUCUAGGAACUGGCUACCUCUUACUUCCCAACACUGGAUUCAAAAACCCGAACAUGUUGAGUCGAAGAACUAUGGGGAUGUAUACGCGCAAUCUCGUUCGGCUAGAUGUGAUGCUAUCACUUCUCAGCACUGGAUUGAACACUCCGACGACGUUGAGCCGAGGAAUGAGGAUGAUUUCACUCAGCCUUGUUCACCAGCUAGACGGGAGUCUACCACUUCCCUGGACUGGGUUGAAACCCCCGACCAUUCCGAGUCAAGAAACUAUAGCGAUGUUUACGUUCAGCCUCAUUCACCAGCUAUGCUGGAGCCGGUGGCUGCCACUUUCCUGGAUUGGAUUAAAACCCCUAAUAAAUUGUCGACUGGAGGCGCGCCUAUCGUUUCUCAGUACUGUACUAAUGACUACGAGCCUACGGUGUCGACUGGGCGCACUUCUAUGAGUCCCCAGCCUGGUUCUGUGGCAGCUCAGAGUGAUCAGCGUGAGGAGGUCUUUGGGGACAAUUUGGAGAUAACGGGUCUUAUACGAUAA